ACCUUCAGUUCCAAAUUCUGAUAUCAAACCCCUACUUCAAACUCACGUUCCUUAGUAAAAAUGUCGCUGAUUCCCAGUUUCUUUGGUAACUCACGAAGCAGCAUCUUUGAUCCUUCUUGGGACCCAUUCAACGACUUUCCUUUCCCAUCAUCUGUAUCGUCACUCUCCUCUCAACUCCCUCAAGAAACUUCAGCUUUUGUUAACACCCGUGUGGACUGGAAGGAAACCCCGGAAGCUCACGAGUUCAAGGCCGAUCUUCCAGGGCUCAAGAAAGAGGAAGUGAAGGUGGAGAAUGAAGACGACAGGGUGCUUCAAAUAAGUGCAGAGAGGAACAUAGAGAAGGAAGACAAGAACGACACAUGGCACCGUGUGGAACGUAGCAGUGGCAAGUUCUCGAGGAGGUUCAGGUUGCCGGAGAAUGUGAAGAUGGAUCAGAUUAAGGCUUCCAUGGAGAAUGGAGUUCUCACUGUUACUGUUCCUAAACUGGAUGUUAAGAAACCUGAUAUUAAGGCUAUUGAAAUUUCAGGCUAA